AUGGCUGCCGCACAACUAUGGCUGUGGCUGCGGCUAUGGCUGUGGGCGUCGUUGUCCUUGUCACCGCCUGCCGCUCACGCGCAGUUCAUCCAGAACUACCGAUGGGUGUACGAUCCUGUCCGAGACGAAGACGUACCAUAUUGGCGUCCGUCACCGCAGGUUACGCAACAGCCGCUGUACACGCUGGCGCCACACGUGGUGGUGCUCGAGUACAACUGCGCCUACAUGACGGCCAUCUGCCAGAACGCGAACCAGUACCUCCAAAGCCCCAUCAACCAGGCCAGGCGGUGGCAGUACAUGUUCGCAUUUGACGCCAACACGCAGCGUUCCUCCGCCCGAGGUAACCGCAUGUGCCCCACGGGCAUCAACGGUUGGAAGUCUCGACACCCGUGCCCCGAGGUGGCCGGCGUCCCUGCGGGGAACCUGGCGCAACCGCCGAUCCAGCGGUAUGACCGGGGGGCACUCCCUGUGCCGGCGACCAACCCUUGGCCGCAUGUAGAUAUCCAGCAGCCGUCGCUGUUGCCCAACGGCCGACGCCUCUUCUUCGUCGAGGACGAUGUCGACCCGGCGGGCAACGUGAUUCUCUCCAAGCUAGAAUACACAUGUGAUGAGUUCCCGAUGCGCAGCACCGUCGAGGGCGGCACGGGCCUCCCGGCCAACGUCAGUCCCGGCAAUGACCCGGUUGAGGGCCGCGGCCAGCCUGGCUUCACGCGGUGCGCCGCCAGCCGCUGGUGCUCUCAGCCGGGCGCCGGAGGCAUCGCGUCGGAGCAGAACUGGCAGGCCAGGGGACAGCGCAUGCUGCACGCGGCGUUGAUCGCCACGGGCCAGCAGGUCGACUCGAAUUACCAGGCCAACCAUUUAGAGCGCCCAACCAUAUUCCAUCUGAGGUUGGCAAAUCUAGGGUUCAACGGAGUGCCCGCAACCAUCUACAGGGGUGUUCCGCACCUCCCCCAGGACGUUCCCAUGAACUCGAAGCGCAGGCGUCAUCUGGAGGCCCUCCACCGCAACACGACGGCCUUUUUGGACUGGGCGGACAAGGCCACGACGGAGCAACUGCUGGCAGGCGAAGGCGGCCACCGCGUCUCCCGCAGCCACGUCAUGAUCAACGGCACCGACGAAGAGUUAGAACCGUUGCAGGCGGCCAUGUCCUUUCCCGACUUGAGCUUGGGCUUGGGCUCUGAUUUCGUCGGCGGCGACAUAGAAGAGCCGCAGCCGCAGAAGCAACAGCCUCGGAGCGAAAAGCCGACUGACGGAUAUCUGAACACCGCCGGCGGCCCCCGCAAACUUUUCUCCCGCGCGUAUCUGGUGGCUCGGCUCAACGCAUCGGGUCUGCUGGAGGAAGACGCUGGGACGGCGCCGCUGUUGCGCAACGCGACGCAAACGGACCUGAACAAGGCCGUGGCGUUGGUCGAAGCCGCCAUCAAUGAGUCGGCACGGAGGAACGAGGCGCGUUACGCCAACCCGGCCCGGAACGUGUACCGACUCAAGCCCGGCACCGUGCCGGGUGGGGCCGGUGCUCGUCUUGCGGAUCCGGGCUCGGAAGGACCGCCGCCACCGCCGCCGCUGCUAGAGAUAACGCCCGAGCUGGCCGCCGCCGCCGCCCUGGUGGCCGAGGCCGAGGCGCUGCAGGCGGAACUGGGCACCGGGAACGGCACCACGCCAACCCGACGCAGGAUGCGAAAGCGCGCGGGCACCUUUUGGAUGGAGCAUAUCGCUCGCAGAGGCACAGUCCCUCUCGGCGACGACCCGUCCUACAAGGUGUUCCGCAACGUCAUGGACUACGGCGCCAAAGGCGAUGGUGUUACAGACGAUACGGCAGCCAUCCAGCGGGCCAUGGACGACGGGCGACGGUGCGGCAAGGGCUGCAACGGGUCGACGGUCAAGAAUGCCAUCGUUUAUCUGCCGCCAGGGCGGUACUUGGUGUCCCGGAGCAUCCCCGUCAUCUUUGGCACGCAACUCAUUGGCGAUGCUGUCGACCGGCCUACAAUCAUCGCAAGCGCGCGCUUCAUCGGCCUCGGAGUCUUGGCCACCGACGUCUAUACGGGCGGCGGUAUCGGCAUGGACGGCCUCGACCAGCAGUGGUACGUUAAUACGGCAAACUUUUACCGCCAGAUCCGCAAUCUGCGCAUCGACGUGACGCAGACGCGGUCCGCCCAGAAGGUCGCAUGUCUUCACUACCAGAUUGCCCAGGCCACCAGCCUGCAGUAUGUCGAGCUGAUCGCCAAGGAGGGGUCGCAGCAGCGGGGAAUCUUCGCCGAGAACGGCAGCGGUGGUAUGAUCUCCGACAUAACGUUUAAGGGCGGUGAAUUUGGUCUCUACGGAGGCAACCAGCAAUUCACGGCUAUGCGCCUGAAGUUUGACGGCUGCGCAACCGGCGUCCACAUUAUCUGGGACUGGGGAUGGAUCUGGAAGUCCAUCACCAUGACCAACAUAGACGUCGGGUUCAAGCUGAUGCGUGAGACUGGAACGGGGACGGCGGUCACGGCGAGAAGCAACAGAGACAAGUGCCAGACCGGUAAGAACAGCGUGGGCAACAUCGGUUCGGCUUCCUUCAUUGACUCUUCCUUUACCAAUGUCAACACGGUCGUCCUGGUUGGCCCUAUCGACCCGGAGCCUGGCAAGGGUUCGACUGGCGUCGUCAUGGAGAACGUGCAGUUCAGCGGCGUCGGGCGCGGCGUCGCUGACUCGGCCGGUAAGGUCCUCCUGGCUGGCGGCAGCAAGCAUGUCGAGGCGUGGGUGACGGGUCCCGUAUACGACGCCGCCGGCAAGCGUGAGUUCUCCGAGGGUGAGGACAUGGCCAGGUACAGACGCGAGGUCUCAUUGCUCGACACGUCGGCUGGUGCCGGAGCCCCCAAGUCGCCUUACUACGAGCGGCCCAAGCCGCAGUAUGAGGGCCGCCCAGCAAGCGACUUUGUGCACCUCAAGGACUUUGCUCGCGGCGACGGCGUCGCUGAUGACACGGCAGGGUUGCAGGAGGCUCUGCGGCGAGCCGGCUCUGGUAAGAUCCUCUUCGUGGACGCGGGAACGUACCUCAUCACGGGAACGGUGACGGUCCCGUCCGGGGCCAAGAUCGUGGGUGAGACGUGGUCGCAGUUUGCAGCAACAGGUCCAUACUUUGGUGACGCAAACAACCCCAAGGUGAUGCUCCAGAUCGGCAGUAAAGGCGAGACGGGCGACGUCGAGAUGCAGGACCUGCUCUUCACGACUAUCGGGCCGGCUGCCGGCGCGGUCCUGGUCGAGUGGAAUAUCAAAGCGUCGAGCCCAGGGGCGGCGGCGCUUUGGGAAUGUCAUGUUCGUAUUGGCGGCGCCCUCGGCACGAAGCUCAACCCGGACGAGUGCCCGCCGCUCACGGGCGGCACCAAUCCACCCGGUUGCCAGGCGGCGAGUCUGAUGAUGCACAUUACGCCACAGGCAUCGGGUUACUUUGAGAAUAUGUGGUUGUGGGUGGCGGACCACUUGAUAGACGACUUGGACUGGAACGACGCCAACAACACCAUGCCCCAAGUAUCCGUCUAUGUCGCACGCGGCCUGCUGGUCGAGUCUCAGGCGGCUACCUGGUUGUAUGGUACUUCUUCGGAGCACGCCGUCUACUACCAGUACAACCUCCACCACGCUCGCAACAUCUUCGCAGGCAUGAUCCAGACGGAAUCUCCUUACUUCCAGCCCAUGCCCAAGGCGCCCGCGCCGUUUGAGGGUGCUGUCGGCCGGUUUGCCGGAGACCCUGACUACAGCUGCGCGGGUGAUGACUUUGACGGGUGCGACUCGUCUUGGGCACUGAUAAUGCGUGGAUGUCAAAAUAUCUUCAUCGCAGGUGCAGGAAUCUACUCUUGGUUCGACACAUACACGCAGGACUGUAUCGGGAAGCACGCUUGUCAGAAGGCUCUGGUUCUGCUCGAUAACAACCGCGCCAACAACCGUAUCCAGCACCUCAUCACCAUCGGCGCAAAGUAUUCAGUCAUCAUUGACGGCAAGGGUAUCCUAGCCCUCGAUAACCUCAAUGUCGAGUCACACCCGCGCUGGUCGCAGAUCACCUGGCUUGACCUACAGGCCGGCCGCGGUAGUCAUAUCUCGCCCGAGAGGGCCACAGUCAUCCCUCUGCCGCACACCACCGUGCCAGCCUGCUCGACCUUUACCCUUGGCCGGGGUGCCGCCACAGACAUACCCCGGCUGCGUCGCGAGGGCGCCCAGAACAGCGAUCCCGGACCGGGCCACGAUCGGUGCCCGGCCUGUAGCUUCUUCCGGCUUGUCUCGUCGACGUGCUGCGGCUCCGGCGGUAGUCUCUGCAACCCCAUCACCAUCCCCGCCAAUACACCCACCCCUGUUGACAUUGAGCUGCCUGCGGGCUUCGAGCCCAACCAGCCAUUCGUCGACUCGGAAGGCGUCCGGAGGCCCGCCGACAGCCCGCUGCCCGAGCAGGCAACCAUCCCGCGCGGUACCGAGUUCCCGUCGCCCUUCCUAAUCCCCGGCGGUCAGCCGCUUGCGGGCGGCGAGGACGGCACCGGCGCCGGCUCCGAAAACGACAUCUGGGUGCACCCGACCAUCUGGGACCAGCCCAGUCCGACGGUGUGGUGCGAACCUCCCUGUACUAUUCGCCUGCCGCCGUGGACGAAGGCCACCAGCACCAUCGACUACCCGAUUGUCACCGUGACUGACGGCACGUGGACAUCCAAGGCCACUCGACGCCCCAUCACAGUAACCGAGUGGGUGUUUGAGCCCAUGACCAUCACCGAGUCGCGCCGGCCCCCAGGCCCGACAUCGACCAGCUCGUCAUCCGACGACGGCGGCAUCAUCAUUGUGACUUGGCCCAAGUUCGACUCCACCACCACCUGGCCUCCCAUCACCUACACCAAAGACGGCAGCACUCGUAAGACCCGCCCCAACCCGACCAACCCCACGCACCCGCCGCCGCCGCCACCUCCGGGUCCGGACCCACCUCCGCCGCCACCACGGGGAGAGUGGCCCACGCCGCCUAUCGUCAUCUCCCACGGAACUCCACCCCGGCCUACAACCACGCCUUGCGCCUUCCCGGCUUGGCAGUGUCCGCCGCCACCUGGCACACACCCAGACUCGCCGUGGGGCCAGGAUGAACCCGACGAUCCUGAUGAAGAGGAAGAGGAGGAAGAUGGUGAGGAGGAGAUCUGCUUUGCGGACGCCCAGGACCCUCCCGACGACCCGACAAGCCCGAACCCGCAGCCUCCCUCGUCGACCACCAGAGCCCCAACAACAACGACGCGGCCGCCAGAAAAGGUGUGGAAGCGCCCCGACCCGCAACAGAACGAGAAACCGUACUGCUACAACGGGGGCGAAUACACAAUCCGGAGUCUGGCCGUCGAGGCCGCGCGCGAGUUCUGCAGGGAAACGGUCCCGAGGGUCCUCACUGACGGGCGCAUCCGUGGCAAGAAGCUGGUGCGAAAGCAGCACAAGAUCGGCGGCGGCCAGGCCAUUCUCGACCUUGAGGUCCUGCACGACGACUGCGAGUACAUCCACGACGAGGGAGAGUGCUACCUGUACGCUCGCGUGCCUAUUGACAGCUGCGAUUGUUCUGGUGUUGGGUGGAAGCGGGGCGGCGAGGUUAGGAAUAACUGUCUGCGCGUGAGGUUCGACCCGCAGUUCCUCGAUGAGAAUGAUGAGGGGUGUAUAUUAUGCUUGGAUCCGUAA